AUGCUGCCGUACCUGUUCCCUGAGCUGUCCACCUUUGCUACAGUCGCCGAUCUUAUCACUCACCUUCGCACUAGUGAUGCUCGCCUGCGUGCCGCCCUUCCCACCGAGUUCUGCGCUAAGAAUCCCCCUCCACUGUACUGGACACUCCACUUCAUAGUCACCCGACUCCCUGACACCCUCAGCUCAGUUCGAGACCACUUCCUUGCUCGCUGUCCCACUGAGCUCACAGUCGCCCUCCUAGAGGAGCAGCUGCUAGCGGCCGAAAAGAGCAUUGUAGCUGUCGGUGCUGCUCGUGGCGCUCCUCGCACCCCCAUCUUUGAGGGGUGUUCUCCCUCUCCCCUCGCUCCCUCCUACGCUACUGCUGCUGCUGUUGACUUCCUUGGUGCUGAGUCUGCUGGCGCUGCUUCUGCUCCUGGUGGGAGGCGCCGCACCGGCAAGGGCAAGGGGGGCAAGGGUGGCGGGGGUGGCGCUGGGGGGGGAGGAGGUGGGGGAGGUGGGGGGGGAGGCGGUGCUGGAGGGAGCGGUGGCGGGAGUGCUGGUGGGAGUGGGGUCGGCAGCGGAGGCGGGGGCGGCGGAGGGAGCGGUGGCGGUGGUGGCGGCGGCGGCGGUGGCGGCGGCGGCGGUGGCGGUCGGAGCGGAGGUAGUGGUGGUGGCGGAGGUCGGAGUGGAGGCACUGGCUCGGGCCAGAGCUCCCAGCAGCAGCAGCGUCCCCAGACGACCCAGCAGCUUCGUGAGUGGCUUGCUCAGCGUGGGACGUCGGGGGGCAAUGGCCGCUGUUCCUAUGUCAUUCGCACAGGUGACCGCAAGGGACAGACGUGUGGGAGGUUCCACACCCCGUACCGCUGCUUCUCCCGCCUUGACGACGCUUGGCGUGAGGAGAUGGGCGAGGAUGUUGAGCGCCCCCGCUGGGCUGAGCUCAUGAGGGCUGGUGUUGAUAUCUUUGCUCUUGACUAUGAUGCUAUUAUUGCUGCCAUGUAUGCAUUGACUGUUAGUGCCGAGGGAGACUGUUACUUGUGUGUGCCGCCUGACCCAGGUAUAGAGCCCGCUGCCCUGGGUACUAGUGAGUCUGCUCUCUCCGGUAUGGUGCCCCCUGUACUUGCUCCCUCCAGUACUGUCCCGGCUGUUUGCGAGUCUGCUCUCUCAGGUACAGCACCCACAGAGACUGCUCUCUCAGGUACCGCACCGGCUGAGGCCUGUCACACCUUCACCCUUGACUCAGGUGCUUCCCGCUGUUUCUUUCGUGACAGUACUGAGCUCACACCGCUUCCUGCACCGGUCCCAGUCUCCUUGGCUGACCCCUCUGGGGGCCCAGUCCUUGCCCAGUCCACCACUGUGCUCCCUUGUCCGGCGGUUCCGUCUGGCUCGUUGUCGGGUUUCCACCUCCCCUCGUUCUCGACGAACCUGGUGAGCAACGCUGUCAUCCAGGAUCAGUGGGUUGACACCUUUACCCCUGGAGGACAGCGUGUGGCGAUCUGCACGUGCUCCAGGACCGGCCGUCACCUGGCUACGUUUACCCGUCGGCCGGGGUCGAGUCUCUACACACUGACCACUGCGUCUCCUCAGGUCGCUGCUGUCGGUCAGGUGUCCGCGUCAGGUCUGGUGGCCCACGCCUGUGAGUGUCGUUCCCUGUCACACCAGACUCUUCUCUGGCACCACCGCCUGGGUCACCCCUCCUUGCCACGCCUCCGUGGCAUGCACCGUCACCGCCUUGUGUCUGGUCUUCCCAGGUCUCUCCCUCCCCUCCCUGCCUCGCCUGCGCCGCCUUGCCUUCCUUGCGUCGAGGGGCGGCAGCGCGCCGCUCCUCACUCCUCCUCGUUCCCCCCGACAGAGGCUCCUCUGCAGACCCUCCACCUGGACGUGUGGGGCCCAGCCCGCGUUCGUGGCCAGGGCGGUGAGCGGUACUUUUUGCUGGUUGUCGACGACUACUCGCGUUACACCACGGUCUUCCCCUUGCGCACCAAGGGUGAGGUCCCUGCUGUUCUGAUCCCUUGGAUCCGCACAGUUCGUCUCCAGCUCCGCCGCCGUUUCCGGACGGAUCUUCCUGUCCUGCGUCUGCACUCUGACAGAGGUGGUGAGUUUUCCUCCGAUCUCUUGAGGACCUUCUGUCAGGCGGAGGGCAUCGAGCAGACCUUCACGCUUCCGGACUCCCCACAGCAGAAUGGGGUUGCUGAACGCCGCAUUGGCCUGGUCAUGGAGGUCGCUCGUACCUCCUUGGUCCACGCGGCGGCUCCCCAUUUUCUGUGGCCGUUUGCUGUCCGGUACGCCGCGCAUCAGCUCAACCUCUGGCCCCGUGUCUCCUUGCCGGAGACCUCGCCCACACUGCGUUGGACGGGGGAGGUUGGCGAUGCGUCGCGCUUCCGGUUUUACCACCCCACCUCGCGCCGGGUCUUCGCCUCUCAGGACGUCACCUUUGACGAGUCGGUCCCUUUUUACCGUCUCUUCCCCUACCGCACUGCCCCCCUCCCUCCCCCGCCGCUUUUCCUUGCUCCUGGUCCCCCUCCGGUAGACCCCCUUCCCCCUCAGGGUCCUGCUCCUUCAGGUGUCUCUCAGGUAGACCCUCCUCCCGUCACUGAGCCUGUCGAGGUCACAGGUGACUCAGGUGCUGCUGCAGGUGGUGCUGCUGGGAGUGCUGAGCCUGGGGGUGCUGAGCCUGCGGGUGCUGGGCCUGGGAGUGCUGGGACUGCGGGUGCUGGAGCUGAGGGUACUGUGCCUGGGAGUUCGGCGCCUGGGGGUGCUGAGCCUGGGGGUGCUACGACUGGGGGUGCUGAGCCUGCGUGUACGGAGUCUGGGGGUGCUGAGCCUGGGGGUACUGCGCCUGAGGGUACUGGGCCUGGGGGUGCUGCUGCUGAGCCUACGGAGCCUGGGGUUGCUGCGUCUGGGGGUGCUCUUCCUGACGGUACUGGAGCUGCUGGAGCUGACGACACUGGAGCUGACGGUUCUGGACACGGUGGUCCUGCUGGUUCUGGAGGUGCUGGCGAGGGGAGGUCUGACGCUGCUGGGGCCUCUGGUGCUGACGUCGCCGACUCGGGGGGUGCUGCGGCGGAGGGUGCUGGUCCAGGUGCUUCUGGUGCUCCGGGUGCUGGAGGUGCUGGCGGAGCUCCGCCGUCGCGCCUGUUCUUCGCUCCUCCGUCGCCGUCGGCUUUGCCGCCGCCUGACACGGUGCUUCGCCAGGUUCUUUCCCUCCCGUCUUCCACUGGCCUUCCCCUUCAGCCUGGCUCCCCCCUCCCUGCUCCUGUGCCUUACACUGCGCAGCCGGACUCGCUUACGGAGCGUCGUGAGCCUGCGUCUCGUCCUACCUCGCCUGUUCGCGCUGCUCGCGCUGCUCGCACUGCGCGCACUGGUCCCACUGGUCGUCGUGUCGCGCGUCCGCGUCCUCCUCCUGUUCCUGGCACGCAUAUUAUGGCCCUUCGUCCUUCCACUGGUCCACAGCGUGUCCCCCUACCGUCUCCUCCUGCGUCUUCUCUUCCUGACGUUCCCGACCCUGAGUCUGACAGUGUUCGUGCUGCCCACCCUACUGUUACGCGUCUUCUCGCCACUGUUGUCACUGACCCGUCGUUUGAGUCUGCUGCUGCGUCUGCCCUGGUCGCUGAGCUUGUCGACUUUGCUGCUGCCUGUCGUCUAGACUACGCCGCCAGUCUUGUUACUGAGUCUGAGUCUGUCUGUCCUCCGUCCGUCGGGGGUGAGUGUGCUCUUGGCACGGACGUCCUUGAGGACAUGCAGGAGGACUUUGACUCUCUUGCGGCUGCUGUACCUCAUCUCGUGGCCUGGUUGCUUGCCCCUGAGGGAGACCCGGAUGCACUAGACAUCCCCACUCCGCGCUCUUACGCAGAGGCGAUCUCGGGUCCCUACUCCUCUCAGUGGCAGUCAGCCAUGGACGCAGAGAUGGCAUCCUCGAAGUCCACAGGCACCUACGUCGACGAGGUUCCCCCUCCUGGGGCGAACAUCGUCGAUGGCAUGUGGAUUUUCAGGGUGAAGCGGCCGCCAGGUUCUCCACCUGUCUUCAAGGCUCGUUACGUUGCUAGAGGCUUCAGUCAGCGCCAGGGGGUUGACUUCUUCCAGACCUUCUCCCCCACCCCGAAGAUGACCACUCUUCGGGUUCUGCUACACGUUGCUGCUCAGCGUGACUACGAGCUUCACUCUCUUGACUUCAGCACAGCGUUCCUGCAGGGCAGCCUGCACGAGGAGAUCUGGCUGCGCCGCCCACCUGGCUUCACUGGGUCGUUUCCUCCUGGUACCCAGUGGAGCCUCCGCCGGCCAGUCUACGGUCUCCGCCAGGCGCCACGUGAGUGGCACGACACACUGAGGACUACACUUGCAGCUCUUGGGUUCGCGCCGUCUACUGCUGACCCGUCGCUGUUUCUACGCACAGACACGUCGCUACCGCCGUUCUACAUUCUCGUGUACGUCGACGACUUGGUCUUUGCUACUGCUGACACUGAGGCACUCGCUCGUGUGAAGUCGGAGCUGCAGAAGAGACACACCUGCACUGACCUGGGUGAACUGCGUAGCUACCUUGGCUUGCAGAUCACCCGGGACAGAGCUUGCCGCACCAUCACCCUGACUCAGUCACACAUGGUGCAGCAGGUCCUUCAGCGCUUCGGCUUCCAGUUCUCCUCACCACAGGCCACACCUCUGGCUACCAGCCACUCGCUCUCAGCUCCACCUUUGGACGAGUCCGUAGAGCCGAGUGGCCCGUACCCAGAGCUUGUAGGCUGCCUCAUGUACCUGAUGACUUGCACGCGACCUGACCUCGCGUACCCACUUAGCAUCCUUGCUCGUUACGUUGCGCCUGGGAGACACAGGCGAGAGCACUGGGAGGCUGCUAAGAGGGUGCUGCGUUACUUGUGCAGUACAUCAGGCAUGGGGCUGGUGCUUGGAGGACGCGACAGAGUUGUCCUCACUGGUCACUCGGACGCUUCUUGGGUGGACGACCUGGCUACGCAGCGGUCGUCACAGGGUUACACCUUCAGCCUUGGCUCUGGUUCUGUCUCGUGGCGGUCCACCCGCUCUUCUUCUGUUCUCGGCUCUAGUUGUGAGGCUGAGAUCUACGCCACAGCCAUGGCUGCACAGGAGUUACGCUGGCUCACCUACCUGCUGACUGACUUGGGAGAGCGGCCUAGUUCUCCUCCAGUUCUGUACGGUGACAACAAGGCGGCCCUUGCCUUGUGUCAGGAGCACAGACUGGAGCACAGGACGAAGCACAUUGCUCUUCGCUACUUUCUUGCUCGAGAGCUUCAGCAGCGCGGUCAGCUUCGGCUUGUGUACGUGGACUCGAAGGCCAAUACUGCUGAUAUCUUCACCAAGGCGCUCCCGCCUAGUGAUCAUCAGCGGCACUGUACUUCUUUAGGCCUUGUGUCCACGUUUCCUCAUUUGCUUACUGCUUGA